AGCUAUUGGCUAUUGGUGACACUGUAAUCGUUCUAAUGUAUUUAUUCUCUUGUGCCUAGUGAUUGAUAUGUGAUAUAUUUCCACAAUUAUAGUUUUUCUCAUAAAAUGCGUGUUUAAGUUUACAGUUUAUUCAUGACAAAAUACUUUUAAUUUAAGUUUGAAAUCAGUUAGUCAAUAUAAAAUUUGUGUUCAGUUAAUUUUUCUCUAGAAAUUUUCUCCAUUACCUUGGCCAUGGAAUUAAAGAAGUUUUCAAACGUUUUAUCCUCUAAAAUAAAUCUGAUUUGAAAUGAGUUUAUGAAAAUAUCCAGAAUACCUAGCAUGGAUGAUUGGUAUAGAAAAUUAUGGAUAUGGUUAUAAUAUUUUGGAAAUCAUUUUAAUUCUUUAAUACACGAAAUUUUAAUAUAAUAUAAGAAAAUUAUGUCGCUAAAUGGUUUUAUUCUUAAGUAGAUAGUGGUUAGAAUGGCAGGAGCAUGUCUACCAAAAUCUGAUAAAUUUGAAGAAAUCUGCGCAAUUAGUCGAGAUCCUGAACUUACUAAACAAGACUGUACUAGCCCUAGUCCAACUGAAACUGUGUGCAUUGUAGAUUCUAUAUGUGGAGAAAAUAUCCCAGGUACAUCGCAACGAAAAUUAGAUGAGGCACCUGAUUUUUGCGAUAAAAUUGAUCUGAUAGAUGAGAACGUUAAAAAGACAUGUUUUCUCAAUAAAUUAGGUCUUAUUGAAGAAUAUGAUGAAGACGAAACUAGUAGAGAAGAUAAUUGGGAAGACUGCAUUGACAAUGUGUUGGACGAAAUCAACAAUGAUGAUGAAAAUAGCUGUGAGAAUGAUGAGUCUGUAAACAUAUUUCAUACUGUAACACCAAGAAGUUCUUCUGUUAAUAGAAAUAAUUCCGACUCCUCAGAAAGAAAUUUAAGAAAACGAAAAUUAGAUGUAAAUAAUGGCUUUCCUAAUAAGAAAAAUAUAUCUGAAGAGCGAAGUGAACUCGGUUCUCCACUUCUUAAUAAUGAAAAUACCCCCGGAGGGACUUCUAGCUUUCGUAGUGGUAGUUCAUCGACUUUUGGUUCUAGAACUCGUUCGCUUAUUCCAACAAAAGAUAACCCUCCUCCAGAAAUGCCAAAUUGGUUACUACAAUUUUCUAAAUGGUCAAAUGCUGAAAGGAUUAUGGCUAUUAGUGAACUAAUUGCUAGAUGCGAGCCAACUCAGGUUCGCCAUAUGAUGCAAGUAAUAGAACCACAGUUUCAGAGAGAUUUUAUAUCGUUGUUACCAAAAGAACUAGCUUUAAAAGUUUUGUCUUUCUUAGAACCUAAGGAUUUAUUAAAGGCUGCCCAAACUUGCCACAGUUGGAGAGUGUUAGCAGAAGAUAAUUUGUUAUGGAAAGAGAAAUGUAAAGAAGCGGGUAUAGAUGAAAUUCCUCGAAGGCGAUACCCACCUCGAUCGCCUAGAACAAAUAUGUCUCCAUGGAAGACAGCCUUUAUGCGACAGCAUGCCAUUGAAACUAAUUGGAGGUCAAAGCCAAUUAGACCACCAAAAAUGUUAAAAGGUCAUGAUGAUCACGUUAUAACUUGUUUACAAUUUUCUGACAAUAAAAUUGUUAGUGGAUCUGAUGACAACACUUUGAAAGUUUGGUCUGCAGUAAGUGGGAAGUGUCUAAGAACUUUGGUAGGUCACACGGGUGGAGUAUGGUCGUCGCAAAUGUCCGGUAAUACAAUAAUUAGUGGUAGUACUGAUAGAACGUUGAAAGUAUGGGAUGCUGACACAGGAGUAUGCCGUCACACUUUAUAUGGUCACACAUCAACCGUGAGGUGCAUGCAUUUGCAUGGUAACAAAGUCGUAAGCGGAUCAAGAGAUGCAACAUUAAGGGUUUGGAAUAUAGAAAGUGGCGAGUUCCUUCAUGUGUUAGUUGGUCAUAUAGCAGCCGUACGCUGUGUGCAAUAUGAUGGAAAAUUAGUCGUAUCGGGUGCUUAUGAUUAUAUGGUUAAAGUUUGGAAACCUGAAACAGAAGAGUGUCUGCAUACAUUACAGGGUCAUACGAAUCGUGUAUACUCGUUACAGUUUGACGGUAUUCAUGUUGUGAGUGGAUCUUUGGACACUAGUAUACGUGUUUGGGAUGUAGAAUCGGGUACCUGCAAACAUACGCUUAUGGGACAUCAAUCACUAACUUCGGGUAUGGAACUGAGAAACAAUAUUUUAGUAUCAGGAAAUGCUGACUCUACUGUAAAAGUUUGGGAUAUAGUGACGGGCCAGUGUCUUCAAACUCUUUCAGGUCCCAACAAGCAUCAGUCGGCCGUAACUUGUCUGCAAUUCAAUAAUCGAUUUGUGAUAACUUCUUCCGAUGAUGGAACAGUCAAAUUAUGGGACGUUCAGACUGGUGAAUUUGUACGAAAUUUAGUGGCAUUAGACAGUGGUGGUUCGGGCGGAGUUGUUUGGCGUAUUAGAGCAAAUGAGACUAAAUUAGUUUGUGCCGUAGGGAGUCGCAAUGGAACAGAAGAAACUAAAUUAUUAGUGUUAGAUUUUGACUCUUAUACUCCAAACAGCAGUACUACUAUAACUAGAUAAUUAAAGACUUAAAAAAUUGUGCGUAUGUUGAGUGAGAAAUAGUGAAUGCAUUAUUUUUGUAGUAAAUGAAUAUUUCUCUUAUACAAGAUUAUUUUUAAUGUUAAAUGUUUACAUGUCUCCUUUGCGUUUGUAUUAUACCCAUGGUUUAACCUAUAUUUCAAGAAAUAUUGACCGGUUUGGACAUAUAUUAUAAAUUUAAUAUGUUAAUUUCCCAUUUUUUUUCCUGUAAAAAUCUGUAACAACCCAUUUAUACAAAUUAAAUUAUUUGGUAUUAAGUUUUA